AUGUCACCUGUGACGAGCCAAAUGCGGGAGGCUCGGCGUGAAAAGGACUGCAUUGCUAUUACUGUAGAGCGCAAGUAUUUCCACGUCAGCAACUCCUUCGUCAAGCGCAGCCUCCGUCCCUCUGAAUGGCAACUCAAUCCUGUACAUGGAAAUGUCUGUGUACCGCGCUUCGGUAAUGAACGACUCCUCAACGAAGCCGCUAGUAUGGAAUUUAUCGCAAAAAACACCAACAUUCCAGUACCAAAACUACUUUCAUGCUUUGAGGAUGACAACGUUGUGUAUCUUGUCACAGAGCACAUCGAGGGUGUGGCUAUGAGCAAACUUUCCGAAGAGCAACGUAAAGUGGUUGAAGAGGAGCCGGCGGGCCAUUUAGAGACACUGAGGAGCCUCAAAUCCGACGUUUGGGGCGGACCAUCUGGAAUUGUUAUUCCACCUUAUAGAGUCAUGGUCAAAGCGUACCGGCCUCAGUGGAAGAUGAAGCAAAGAGAGUCGAAAGACCUUGUGUUUUGUCAUAACGACCUUUCCACGCACAACGUCAUUGUUGACCCAGAGACCUUGAAGAUCAGGGCCAUACACAAUUGGGAAUAUUCUGGCUUUUUCCCCAAAGAGUUUGAGGGCUUGUUCUUCCGCCGGCCAGAUCCUUCAGUGGCUAUCAAUGGAGAAAGUAAUGACGAAGAAAUGAUACUGCGGUUGAUGAAAGAUAAUGAAGAUAGAUAA